GAUACCAGAGAGAAACCUGAGAGCGGCCAUCCCAGCCUCGACGAGCACUUUUUCCAACGCUUGACGCGCCGCCUGAGAAAGUGGAUGUGAACUACAUCCAUUUCGCUCGGUAACGAGACAUGGUUCGUGUCCAUACUAUGGUUCAUGUCCGAACUAUUCAGAUGAGAAGAAUCAUUAUAGUCUGACAAAAGCCGAUAAUUUCAUUGUUCUGGAUUUCUCUCUGGUGGAUAAACCCAGAACAAUGAAAUUAUCGGCUUUUUGUCAGACUAUUCUGCUAUAAUAUCCAUCUCAUCUGAAUAGUUCGGACAUGAACCGUAGUACGGACACGAACCAUGUCUCGUUACCGAGCGGAAUGGAUGCCACUUUUUCCAACGCUUGACGCGCCGCCUGAGAAAGUGGAUGUGAACUAUACUGGAUGGCCUGGGAUGGCCGCUCUCAGGUUUCUCUCUGAUGAUACACAAGACACUCAGGUGGUUUCCGAACGCAGCCUUGCUGAAUCGUGACAGCUGUCGCCCCGAAGCGGCCUUUCCAAGCUCGCUGGACCAGCAAGUAAUUACUUAUCGUCCUUUUCUGCCGAGCUGCACUUGGAACAAUAUGCAUGGAACUGACUGAAGAAUGUCGAGCGCAACAACGACUAUUAUUUACUCGACGGCGUCGCUCCAUUUCUCUUAACGGAUGAGCCGAUGCUCGCGGUAUCCUUUGACAAGCGUCAAAAGAAAGUUGGAAGGCCACCCGCGAAAUGUCGAUCAACAUAGACAUAAAGUUGAAACGCGCCAGCAAAAUAUAUCACGAAGGGGAGGUGGUCGCCGGCUUGAUACUGUUGAAAACCAACUCGGACGUGAAGCACGAUGGCAUCUUUCUCACCAUGGAAGGCUCGGUGAAUCUGCAGCUUAGCUCCAAGAAUGUCGGUAUCUUCGAAGCGUUUUAUAAUUCCGUUAAGCCAAUACAGUUGGUCCAAUAUACGCUAGACGUUGCUCCGUCGGGAAAGAUUCCCAGUGGCAAGACGGAAAUACCAUUUGAACUGCCACUGAAGCCAAGGGGAAACAAAUCUCUCUACGAAACGUAUCACGGCGUGUUCGUGAAUAUACAGUACCUGAUACGCUGCGACAUAAAGCGGAGCUUCCUUGCGAAGGAUGUGAGCAAGUCGCUGGAGUUCAUAGUCGAGGACAAGGCCAGCGCCAAGGUGGACAAGGAUCACAGCAAGAUCGUGUUCUUCAAAAUAAUGCCGGAGUCUCUGCAAAAUACUCGGGACAGACCCAACGUACCAAGGUUUUGCAUCUCCGGGAGAUUGGACUCCUUGUACUGCAAACUCUCCGAACCUCUGACGGGCGAAGUGGUGAUCGAACAGUGCGAGGCUGUUAUAAAGUCUAUAGAGCUACAAUUGGUGAGGGUAGAGACUUGCGGAUGUGCGGAAGGAUACUCUAGAGAUGCGACGGAGAUACAAAAUAUACAAAUCGGAGAAGGCAAUACUUGCACGAAUCUUGCUAUUCCAAUUUACAUGAUAUUUCCAAGACUAUUUACAUGUCCCACUUUGAGCACAAGCAACUUCAAAGUCGAGUUCGAGGUAAACCUCAUCGUUGUGUUUGAGGACGAUUAUUUAGUCACUGAGAACUUUCCUAUCAUAUUAUCGCGAUAUUGAAAGUUGUAGAAAUAAGAAUAUUUUGUAAAAUAGUACGUCAAUAUACCUGAAUCUUUGCCA